AUGUGCCUACGUCAUCGGCGCGUCUGCCUCAUUGACUAUUUUGAUGAUUUUUUUUUUUAACACCUAAACCGUGACCAAGCUUGUGGAAACCGUAAAAAAUAUAAAUUAUAAUAAUAAAAAAAUACGCAGCUGAUAAUGGAGACGGGUGUUCAAAGGGGUCGUGGUCAGUCUCGGAAAUUCUCUCUGACCGAGACCCAGCUGAACUUCUCCGGGGAGCCGUACUCCGUGUCCGUGCUGAAAGUCGGAUACUGUUUACCCCGGAACGACGGGACGUUCAGCGCUGACGGGACCAUCACCCUGGUAACGGGACUCCGGGUCAUCCUGGUGGACACCGGGGGGCCGUGGGACAGAGACUUCCUCCUGUCCUCUUUGAAAGAGAGGGGCCUGGAGCCCAGGGACGUCAACGUGGUCGUGGGGACCCACGGACACUCGGACCACAUCGGUAAUCUGAGCCUCUUCCCCGCGGCGCUGAUGAUCGUGGGGUUUGAUGUCAGUGAAGGGGACACGUACCUCCCCAACAAGCUGGCCGAGGGACAGGCCUACUCCAUUGAUGAAUAUGUGUCCGUUGUUCCCACUCCGGGCCACACGGGACAGGACGUCAGCGUCCAGGUGAAGAAAACGUCCGCGGGCACCGUGCUGGUGGCGGGGGACUUGUUUGAGCGUUGCUUGGACGAGGACACUUGGCGGGACCUGAGCAUGAACACGGCCGUGCAGGAGGUCAACCGGCGGGAGGCGCUGCACACGGCCGACGUCAUCAUACCGGGCCACGGGCUCCCGUUUAGGGUCCACAGGAACCGAUGAGGGUUCAGCGGUUCGCUCUUUGUCGGACUCGGUAGAUUUCCUUUCUCAUUGCCUUACUUUGAAGCGGCUGCUGAAAACUCGAAAGGCUCCGUUUAGAGUCAGCGUUUACGAAUUGUGAAUUUUAUUUUCUAUUUCUGCCCCCAGACUCCGGGCCAAACCCGAAAGAUAAUAGCAUAACAACCUAUACGCAAUGACAACUCCAUAUUUUUUUCCACUUGUUUUAUUACAAACCUUAAGAAAAAUAAGUGUAAUUCAGUUUUCAUUGUUGUCUGCUGUUUAGUCCUGGGUCUCAGUGUUGUGUUUUGUUCUCUGACUAAAACAGUGGACUACAAAUUAGGAAUAGGACUUAUUUUCAUUGAAAAACGGACCUCUAUGUAAUUACUGCUAGCGAUCAACCGAUAUAUCUGCCAGACGAUAUUUCUGUUUUUUUUACUGGUAUCGGAAUCAGCUGAUGUGCGGGUGCGUUGCUCAACACACACACACACAUAUGUGUAUAUAUAUAUAUAUUUACAUGUACACCCCCCACCUGCAAGAUUCGCAGACAGCUGCAUCCACAGGCAGCGCUCUGCUGCUGGAGAUGCUGCAGACCCGUGCAGCCCAUACAUUGCCCCUCGAACACCCCUAAAAAUAAGAGUUUUUUUUAUUCAUUUAAUAUUUAAUUUUUGAAGGAAUCUGACGCUAGAUUUCUUUGACACCACUGUGUCAUUUUUAUUAUGUAAAUAGAGGGAGUAAAGCAGCAUCGGCUCCAAAUAUCGGCUCAGAAAAAGCGGCAGCUUGUAGGCUGAAAAAUUGGUAUCGGCCCCUAAACAUAUCCAUAUCGGUCGAUCUCUAAUUUUUGCACUUUGCAAAUUCAUGCUAAGGGCCAGAAUAGACUCUCUAAUGGGCUAAUUUUGGCUCACCAGUCUCAUGAGAUAGAUCGGCCCAAUCACUUGACACAUUACAGAUACAUUCGUCCUACUUUUAGAGCUCGAAAUGUGAAUAUAUCUGUGUCUGUCUCUGAUAUCUGGCUACCGGUGUUCACAUCUACUUCCCUGCUUGAAGGUGGUGAAUUUAUACCCCUGAAGAUCAGCGGUGACUCCGUAAACUACCUGCAAAUAUUUGCCCAUUCUUCAGUAUUUUUGGAUUCCCCCUUGGCAUUUGCAAUACACCGAUCAGCCACAACAUUAUGACCACUGAGGAGAAGUAAAUAACAAGGUGUUGACCUGGCCUCCAAAUUUACUGGUUCCAAAACUGAUCAAGUACCUGUGGGAUGAUUCACCAUAGUCACAACUGCUUCGGAAGUGGUCAUAAUGUUACGCCUGAUCGAUGUAUAGUCCAUACAUAUGACUGAUACUGUAUAUACUGUGUUGUAUGUGUUGUAUAUGUGCGUGAUCAUAAAGAUAUUUGACAAGUAAACAGUGCACUUAUGGAUAUUAAAGGAUGUAAAACAUG